CUGUCUACUGUCCGUCAUUCCUCGUUCAACUUCAAUUCAAUGGCGGACGUAUAUUGAACCUGCAAAACGUUUUCGCACGUUUACUUUCACAAAUUCAAAUCAUCUCAUCAAUCACAUGCAAACUAAUUACAUUUAAAGUUAUCGUCGGCCAACAAACAUGUCCACUGUCGUCUCGGACUGUUUCACUAUUGGGAGCAUAGUGGCUACGAAGACAUGUUACAACGAAGAGAUCGAAGGCGAGGUUUUAGCGUUUGACCCUCAAACAAAGAUGUUAAUACUUAAAUGUCCAUCGUCUAGCGGCAACCCUAAACGGCACGAUGUGAAUAUUGUAAAUCUAUCACUUGUCAGUGAUGUUCAAAUCAAGAAAGAGGUAACCACACUUCCUGAUCCGCCACAGUCGCUCAAUUUAAACAGAUUAAACACAAGGGUACGGAACUCUAUAGAAAAUAAAAAAAGACUAGUGACAGCUCUCUCUGCAUGCCUGGACCCCGAGGGUCAGAGGCUGUUCCUGGCCAUCUCGCGGCUGAUUGAUGAUGUGACCUGGGUUGGCCAGAACAUCCGGGUCUACAAUGAGGUCACUAUUACACCUCCCUACAAGGUAGAGAAUGUAAUAGGUGAUUUGGAUUCGAAACCGUACAACUAUAUCAAGAAGUUCGUGGAGAAGCACUGGCGUGAUCAGCGAGAGCACGCUGCCACCUCGCAGCACCACGUCACCGCAGUUAUGUCGGGAUCCACCGUCUAACCCGUUGGGCACAGGGAUGCUGUGACAUACCAGUGAUAGCUGGCAGCCUCCCACACAUGGAGCAUAUUGUUUUUUUUUUAAUACCCAUUCAUCCAAAUGAAUCAUGUCUCGAAAUUUCCUGUACACAAAAUAGGGUGUUUGACUGCCUUUAAAAAGUUUUGCGUUUAAAACGUAAACUGGAUUUGAAUUUGGAACGUGUAAUGUUCGUAACUGUUUGACAGUUCGCGGCCGCCAUUUUUUAUUUUAUUAUGUAACCGCCGACAUCAUUGCAUUAUUACAGUUAAUUCAUUGUACAAUGUUUAACAUAAGUUUCCCUUAUGUUUUACCAUAAAGUUAAAUCCUGAGCCACGUGCAUCCAACAAAUCCCUGCAGCACUUUCGAGAUCCUCACUUAACCUAGCAGUUGCCCACACGACCUUUGCCUGCUCGGGGUCGCUAUUCAAGAACCGUUCUCCCCCAUCAGUUAUUGGUUGCUUAAGCCAUAUGAUCGGUCCAUUGCCACUUGAGCUUGCAGAUUCUCCAAACUAUGCUGGUCACUUUAAUACUUCAGUGGAUUUCCACGUUCCAGACUCUAUCACGUAGUGAAACUCCGAGUAUAGUCCUUCCUAUCCUAUCCUAUUAUUAAUAAUAUAUGACUGACUGGCUCAUAUAUUAACGUACAACCGAAUCCGUUGGAUCUAGUAUUGUUGAGAGGUUCUUUAAAUAGCGUAAAUUCCAAAAUCCACAGCGUACGAAGUCGCGGGCGAAAGGUAGUAUUAAAUAUAAAAUAUGGUGAUCUUCUCAUUUUAAAAUUUCAAAAAAAAUCUCGCUUAUAAACUAUAUAGCAUACUAGCUUUUAACCGCGACUUCGUCCGCCAAGAUGUGUUCACUGACCGGCACAAAAACUAGCCAGAAUUCUUCUCGAUCCCAUAAAGUACCAUGGAUACCAUAUUUAAACGCGAUGGGAUAAGUCGAUAUGGCGACUAGAGGUGGCCCAUAAAAUAAACCCACUUUCGUCUUUACAUUAUUAGUCGGGAUUCUAUUUGUAUCGAUUUUAUUGUUAAUUCUCAUAAAAUCUCUACCAAGACGCAGACAAAUGCCCCAUUUUUUUUUUAAAUAUAAUUUUAUUUGUUAUGUAAUAUAAAAUAAUCAGACGAAAUUAUUAUAAACUUGUGACAUUUAAUUUUUGUUUUGGCAACUCCUAAUUUUGGGGUUGGCAACACUUAUCAUAUUGUCUAUGACCUUGAGCACGAAUUACAUUUUAUUCCGGGUGAUGAGACGGUAUGGUUUAGUUCCUUUGCCGUUCCCAUUGUGGAUAAAUUAAUAGUACUGCAGUAGAAUUUCGAUUAAUCGAAUCAAAUAAAACCGGGAUAUUCCGUAUAAUUGAAAAUCCGGAUAAUCGAUUUUAAAGUGAAGUCAAGCAAUAAGUACAUUUUAAUAUUUUUUUUUAUUAUGUAGUAAAUUUGUAUACACGUCAUUUAGAGACAAUACGAUAUAAAAAAAAUUACAUAAUGUAAAAUUUAUGGAUUACAGAAUACCAAUUUACGCAAUAUUUCUAAAUCUGUAAUUAGAGCAUGAAUGAAGAAUAAGUCCGGAUAAUCGAAUAUCUGGAUAACCUGUGUUCGGAUAAUCGAAGUUCUACUGUACUUUAACUUUAUUCUGACAUAAAAUUUGAAUUUAUAAAAAUGAAAUAUUAAUAAUAAUAAAAUAUUCAAUUUACAUUUUAAAACACUCAUUAUUAAAAAUAGAAAGUUUUUUUUUUUAAGAAAACGUAUGGAAAGAAAAAUGCUUCUUUAAAAUAUAAUUUUAUUUUUAUUAAAAUUUAUUUAUUUAAUUCGAAGCGACUUUUUAAAUUUCCAUAAUGUAGAGCCCGAUUUUUUCCCCUCCAUUUUUUAUAUACUAACAAUAUACCGCGGCUCUUCUCUUGUGAUUCAAGUAAAACAAUUUCACUUCACUAAUAAAAGUCGACUUCGGUCGUGAACGCACCGACAUUGUAAACAUUGCGGAGCGAGACGGUUUUUGCUCCGCAAUCAGCAGUUUUUGCUCCUAAAGAAACGGCAGCCUCGAUCACACAGCUAACAAGAACGGGAGUAAACUGUGUUGGCUUUAAAAAGAAGUGUGAGAAUCGGUUUAGAAUUUGCUUUUGUAAGAAAGAAAUAUUAUUAUUGGGAUCCAUACGUGGAUACCAGUGAAAUGAGGCUGUCUAUCCAUUAUGCAUGAACACUGUAUCAUAGAAAUAAGUGCCAACUUGCAAAAUUGGGAGUUUUUGUAUGUAGUAAAAGACUUAUUUAUAAUAUAAUGUUGUAUUAAGUAAUUAAAAAAAAAAAAUAAAAAAAAACUGCAAAAUGAUAA